UUUAAAGCCCCUCAUAAGCUUACGGUCGCGGAGCUAGUCGCAGGCUUGCAUGAGAUGGACCUGGCCCGCGAUGUUAUUGAUCAGGAAGGAGACACGCCUGAGUUUCAUACCACCCGCCUUGUUGCCGCCGUUGUCACUCAGAUAUUCUCAUACAUGCAUGACUUGGGGAUACAGAACGGGUGUAUUCGGACAGGGGAGGCAUUUGUCUUUCUACAUAUUCCGGAGGAUCCCACAAUAGUUCAAUACUACUUGUGUUUCCCAAAUCAAGACGUGCAGGCAGGCGAUGAGAGCCGUCUCCACCGGACUGCCGUGGGCCAGAUGCUUGCGUUCACACUCCAAGCGCUGGCCGCUGAAGCUCCGUCCCAAGAGUGGCACAAUACCGCACAUCAACAGCUCUCAACCUGGAAAGUCGAAUACUUGGACAUCUUGCGCGAUAUUCCCGAAGCGAUUCGCAAGGAGCCGCCGCCCUCAAAUUAUCGGCCUUCACACUGGAAACGGAAUCCAAAGACACACAAUACACGUUCCCACGCUCGCUGUAAUCCAGGUGUAUCUACCCCGGCAGGCUCGCCAAGUGAAAGCAGUGAUAGUGAUGAGGAUAUGCCUUCGCUGUCCACCGCACCAGCCGCGCGCAGUUGAUUGAGUCGCAGGAAAGGUAAACAUUUAUUGACUAGCGGACGUGAACGGGCACAACCCUACUGAAGAACAAAGCAAACUCCUUCUCAAAAGGUGCAGAGACCGUACUGCACCAUGGCUUGUAUCCAUGGUAUAGUCAACAGGGGUCCUCUGGAUAAAAAGUGCCCUAACUGGCAACGUCACAGCGGCCAGAGGCAUCCAAUGGGCCCGCGGGAGUUCACAUGCAAGCUGCACCAUCAACUUGUCCAGAAUCAAAAUAAGGGUUUUGAGCCGCUACACAUCCGUGGUCGGACGGGGUAUCUCAUGAAAGCGACUCUAUUGUCUCAUGGGUAUACCGUAGUCAUCAAGGCUACAACGAAGGAGAAUCAGCACGCCCUUAAAACAGAAGUCAACAAUUAUCACAAGCUCUGAAGUCCCUCCAGAAGUAUGGUGUUGAACACAAAGACAAAGAGUGGCGUAAUAUGCUGUGGGAUGAAC